AUGAUGCCGUUGAAGAGACGAAACGACAACAAUCGCGGUUGUGGCGGCGGCGGAGGUUUCCAGGAAGAUCGGAUGCGUUACGCGCCGCCUCAGAAACGUGGGAGAUAUCAAACGCAAACGCAAUUCCAACCGGCUCCUCUGCAUCAUCGUGGUAGCAAUAAUUUGUCUAGGGUUUCAAAUUAUGGUGGUGAUGUGAUUGGUUCUAAUUCAAGCAAUAGCUUUCCUUUUGCUCUUGAUGAUUUCGAGUCGUUGCCUGAAUGGGUUCCGAGCCGGUCGAGUUUUCCAAUUAGAUCUUCGAAUUUCGUACCGGAAGUAACCGGAGUUCGGUUUAACGCUCCUUCACCUUCUUUUCAAGCACCUGUGUUUACGAAUGUUCCAAAUCCAAUGCCUAUGGUUUCAAUUGUGUCGCAAGCGAUGCCGCAACAGCCAAUUUUGAGCAAAGAGUUGUGUGAUUUACUUAAUCUUCUUAACAACAACAAAGAGAAAGAGAAACAAAACUCAAGUAGUAUCGAUGAAGCUGCUCUUUGUCUCGAUUUCGGUUCUGUGAAUCUUAACGUUCGUAAUGAAUCUGUGAUCAAGUCUUUGUAUUCCGAUAUGCCGAGGCAAUGUUCUUCGUGUGGGGUUAGAUUCAAAGGUCAGGAAGAACAUAGCAAACACAUGGAUUGGCACGCGAGGAAGAACAGGAUGGCUAAAGAAGCAACCACGACCAAAACUAACUCAAGGUUGAGCCAGAAACCGAAGAAGUCACGUGAUUGGUUCGCGAGCGAGUCUCUAUGGCUCAGUGCAGCGACGGGAGCCACAGGCGAAGCAGCUUUUGGAGAGAAGGCCAAAGUAGAGGAGAAACAAGAAGAGCAACAACAUACUGUUCCUGCUGAUGAGAACCAGAAGCUGUGUGCUUUGUGUUUUGAGCCGCUUGAAGAGUUCUUUAGCCAUGAGGAAGAUGAUUGGUUGUACAGAGAUGCUGCGUACUUGAGCAGGAAUGGGUCCGGUCCUACUGUUCAUGUUAAGUGUAUGUCCGAACCACGAAAAGUGCCUGCUAAGGAUCCGAAAGAGACGAUGGUUAUGCCUGUUACGGUUCCAUUGGUCUGUUGA